AGCACGACAAUAUCUAAGAGAUAAUGUUUCAAAUAAGUACUUCCAACAUUCCAGUCGGUGGAACGGCUCACGUGACCUCCGGGCGAGAACUUAUGAGGAGGUCAGGAGCUGUUCGAGAAACGUCCGCCAGGAAACCACAAUCAACCUACAGUAGCUCACCACGUUCAUCCAACCUUGACCACUCCAUUACUGCUUUUUUCCUUUUCAAAGUUCUACGAAUCUUUUGAUAAGCUCGCAAUGUCUACCGCUGCCCGCCGCCGCUUAAUGCGCGACUUCAAGCGCAUGCAAACCGACCCUCCCGCAGGUGUAUCCGCUUCUCCGAUCGCGGACAACGUCAUGACAUGGAACGCCGUCAUUAUAGGACCCGCGGAUACUCCCUUUGAGGAUGGGACAUUUCGACUGGUCAUGCACUUCGAAGAGGCCUAUCCAAACAAGCCGCCGGGCGUCAAGUUCAUCAGCCAGAUGUUCCACCCCAACGUAUAUGCCACCGGAGAGCUCUGUCUGGAUAUUCUGCAGAACAGGUGGAGCCCUACGUACGAUGUGGCGGCCAUAUUGACAAGUAUCCAAAGUCUGCUCAACGAUCCCAACACAUCCUCUCCUGCCAACGUCGAAGCGUCGAACCUCUACAAGGACAAUCGCCGAGAAUACACCAAACGGGUGCGUGAGACCGUAGAGAAGAGCUGGGAGGAUUGAGGUUGCAAGGCAAGGCUUGCACGUCUACGGUGCGAACUGUGUGGCACUGCACGCCCGAUCUUGAAAGCAGCUGUUGCCUUUGCUUGAGCGGGCGUUUGGGGUAUUGGAGUGCUUGUGGGAUUUCGAGCGAGAACGAUACCAGCAUUUCUUACUGUUUUUGCUUUCCGGAAAGACCAUAUCACAGCGAGGCGUUCGGGGUGUCCUUUUCUGGAGAGGUGGAAAUGCAGAUCAAUUCAUGAAUAUGUCUACGCUUCAGUAAUGCAUCCAAUGUUUCAUAACGGCCAUGAUUCUCCUCC